AUGCCUAAGGCCUCCCGUGAGCUGUUCAACCACAACACGUCCAUUCUGACCUUGCCUUUAGAACUGUUAUCAGUGGCCAGACAGCGGAUCGUAGAGGAACACAAAUUACACAGGAUCGUAGAGGAACAGAAAUUACACAGGAUCGUAGAGGAACACAAAUUACACAGGAUCGUAGAGGAACACAAAUUACACAGGAUCGUAGAGGAACACAAAUUACACAGGAUCGUAGAGGAACACAAAUUACACAGGAUCGUAGAGAAACACAAAUUACACAGGAUCGUAGAGGAACACAAAUUACACAGGAUCGUAGAGGAACACAAAUUACAGAGAAUCGUAGAGGAACAGAAAUUACACAGGAUCGUAGAGGAGCAGAAAUUACAGAGAAUCGUAGAGGAGCAGAAAUUACACAGGAUCGUAGAGGAGCAGAAAUUACACAGGAUCGUAGAGGAACACAAAUUACACAGGAUCGUAGAGGAACACAAAUUACAUAGGAUCGUAGAGGAACACAAAUUACACGGGAUGAUAAAUUUUCAAAAGAAGAUUGACUAG